GCUCGGUCAGGUGCUGAUGUCAACGGAGCCGGAAGCGGUGCAAGCCGUCCGGAACCUUUGGUGGUGCGGGUUGUCCGGGAGGAUGAUCAAGGCGAUCUUGGUGUUUAACAAUCACGGCAAGCCGCGGCUCAGCCGUUUCUACCAGCACUUCUCGGAGGAUAUGCAACAGCAGAUAAUCCGUGAAACUUUCCAACUGGUAUCCAGGAGAGAUGAAAAUGUUUGCAACUUUCUGGAAGGUGGCAGUUUGAUUGGAGGGUCAGAUUACAAGCUGAUCUACCGACACUAUGCUACCCUCUAUUUCUUGUUCUGUGUCGACUCUUCGGAGAGCGAGUUGGGGAUCCUGGAUCUGAUACAGGUGUUUGUGGAAACAUUGGACAAGUGUUUUGAAAACGUUUGUGAGCUCGAUCUUAUAUUCCACAUGGACAAGGUCCAUUGUAUUCUGCAGGAAGUUGUAAUGGGAGGAAUGGUGUUGGAGACCAACAUGAAUGAGAUUGUGUCACAGGUCGAGGCACAAACUAAACUGGAAAAGGCAGAGGCUGGGUUCUCUGCAGCUCCGGCCCGUGCAGUCUCUGCUGUCAAGAACAUCAAUCUCCCAGAGAUCCCACGCAACAUCAAAGUUUCCAAUCUAUCCCCGUUUGUAUAAAAGGACAUUUUGAAUCAAGUUAUCUUUUCAUUCACUGCACUCCCCAGAUACAACAUGACCUGCACUUCAUUACAUCAAUAGAAGAUUUUAUUGCGUUUGGUCCAGAAUCCUCAUCCUUUAACAGAUCCAAAAUGAGAGGUACAGAAGCAACCUGUUUGUGUUGAACACAUGUAUCAGAUCAGUAUUAUUGCAUGUGGGAUAUAUCUGAAAAUGCUGGAGAUACUCGGCAGGUCAGGCAGGAUCUAUGGAGAGAGAAGCAGAAUUAAGUUUUAGGUCGAUGACCUGUCAUUGUCUCACCUAAACAACCUUGGUCUCUACAGUGUCUCCACAUUCCCUUUGUUCUCUCCUCCUUCAGCUUUUAACACUUUUUUUCACCUAAUUUACCAUCCCUCUUCCUGAAGUAUUAAAUCCCAUUAUUUAUACAAUUAGGGAGGUGCAAAUAUUAUUUAACAUUAUAAUCUCUUCUAACCAAAUUAUAAUGUUCCGUAACACCUUAUUCAAAGCAAGUGUGAAAUAAAAAUGAAGGGUAAAAUAGAUCUCAAAAAUCUCCAAUUUUGUGUUGGCUUAAGUCUUGUUCUGGAGAGGUUGUUAGCUGGUUCCUUGAGUUUAUUACCCAUUAAUCCAUGGAACAGCCUAUCCAUGGACUGAUCCUGGCACUGAAGUUAUGGUUGAAAGUACCAGCACUAAUACAUUUUAAAACCCACCUCAACGAUAUUGAAAAAUAAUGUUUUUUUCUUAAGAACCAUGGAAAAACCCAGUAUUUCGUUGAUGUUAAUCUUGAGGCCUGUCUUAUUACAGAAUUUUUCCACGUUCUUGAAAUUUUUCGACUUGCCUUGUGAGAAUCACGCACAAGUGCAAUGUCACCAGCAAAGGCCAACGCAAUACAAUAUACGUUGUCCAUUUCUAAAUUGGAACUGCACCCAUUUCUAUCCAAUGAACAUAAUGAAAUGUCCGUCAUGAUACUAAAUCCCUCUCACGACAGGGAUGGGGUCCUGUCUUAGCUUGCUAUUCUCUAUAAAAGUGGUAGGGCUUGACUGCAAGUCAUAGAGAGUCAUAGAGUGAUACAGUGUGGAAACAGGCCCUUCGGCCCAACUCGCCCACACCGGCCAACAAUGUCCCAACUAUACUAGUCCCACUUGCUUGCGCUUGGUCCAUAUCCCUCCAAACCUGUCCUAUCCAUGUACCUGUCUAACUGUUUCUUAAACAAUGGGAUAGUCCCAGCCUCAACUACUUCCUCUGGCAGCUUGUUCCAUACAUCCACCACCCUUGGUGUGAAAAGUUACCCCUCGGAUUCCUAUUAAAUCUUUUCCCCUUCACCUUGAACCUAUGUCAAAGACAAGGUCGAUGAAAUGGAGGACAAACCCCAUCCUGUCCAAAGCCCUAAUGAUAAAGCCAAAGGUGUCAGGCAGAUCUUUAAAACGACUGCACAUCCUCCCACUUUUCUUUGUGCCCACCGCCCCCAUAGCUAAACACAAAGAUCUGUUCCCUCGUGUCCGGAGCCAAUCACAUCUCUUGCGUCCAUUGACUGAUUACAUUAACUGUGCAGCACUCCAUUGCACCCAAAUCAUUGCCUUACUAUGUUAUACAGUAAAGUGCAUUUUAAGUUUGUUAAAGACCAUAAAGCCUUCAUAACACAUUCUGUGAAGGAUCCUCAGGCUGAAACAUUGACCCCUUUUCCCUCUGACUUCAUAACCGUCUGAACAUCUCCAGCAUUUUCAGCUUUAUCGCACCAAACGUUUAUCAGCGGCAAUGAUUAAUCUGGCCCAGAUAAUUUGUAACUUAAGUAGCUUUACUAUCCAAACAGAGCUAGGUAUAGAGGAUCAGUUGAUCUAAACGCUGUGACUGCCUGGAAAGAAAGGGAGGUUACAAGCAGUGGUUUAACUCAUUUUUCCAUGGCCUUGCACAUGAGCUCACUGCCAAGAAAUGCAGUAGUCUGCAAAUGAAACUCUUCUCUUGCGCCUUAUUUAUAUUUUCUUCAACAUAUGAAUGUUGUUGGAAAUUCUCAGCCUGCUCAAUAUUGAGUUCCAGGAUGGGAAUGGACUGCAGACGUUUAUAGCAAUGUAUCUUAACUUUGAUUCUGAAAAUCCAUUCCCUAUAAAGUGUGGGGUUGUGGAUAUCCUCAAUAACCCUGGAGUUGUUGCAGUGGGCUGCAUGUGCUGUAGGUGUCCCUCGGUCUACACCUGGAAACUUCCCCUGUCCAUUUGGAACGGAUGCUUUAAUGAUCUGAUUUCCAUUAUGGUGUGGAGGUAUGAUGGACAGACGGGGUUUAUCAGCUCAACCUUGGCCUCGUGUUUAGAGGAGAGGAACCACAAGUGCAAGGACAGGCUAACUGGAGAAACUUGAGGGCAGAGAUGGGAGGUGGUUGCAGAGUUUUAGCACCAGCACACCCUGGCUGUGCUGAGGCCUGCUCUGUGCUGAGGCCUGCUCUGUGCUGAGGCCUGCUCUGUGCUGAAGCCUGCUCUGUGCUGUGGGUGAAGCUCUGUGCUGUACACAGACUUCUUGAUGGUGCUGUCAGAAAUGCUUUUCCAUUCCAGCUAAAACUCCAUUUUAUUUUUCACCAUGAUGAUGAUAUCUUAAUUAUUUGUGUUUUAAUCUCCUCUGUCCACCUGACCUCCCCUGCCCCAGACCCUCACUGGAGGGCAGCACUUAAUCUUCAGAAUGUUUCAGGUUUUUCACUCCCUAGCUUUGUCCAUGCACCUACUGAACUCCUGCUGCUUCAGAGACAAAGAUUGUGUUGUCAACAGUAAACAUGCAUCUAAGACUAUGUUCCUUGUUGGGCAAUUUAAAGAAAUCAGUGUAGGAUUAGAGAGAAUUUGAAAAUUAUUCUGACCUCUGCGAUUUGGAAGGGUGUAGGCGGAAUCUCAGCAUGUCUUUAAAACUACCUUGCUGUGGUGUGGUUGGAAAUGAUGCUCAAGGUCCAGAGAAAAAAUGCUGGCACCUCCUCUGCUCCCUCCAUCACUUCAAUCCAUUCACCUCGCUCCCAGUGUCUUUUUAGCCUCCUUAGUCCAUCCACCUGCGUUUUCUUGAUUCACACUUGCCCUCUCCCUGUGAACAUCAUGCUCCUCAGCCCAUACAAGGUCCCUUCUCGUGACCCCAGCAUUAUUUCUGAGUUGUUACUUCCCUGUUUAAAGGCUAAUGUUUCUACACCGACAGUCCCAACAUCAAACUGAAAUUACUCCCCUUAAAUCUCUUCAAGUCUCAUAUAAGUAAUUAUAUUACACACAAAGAUUGCACAGAUUGUUAAAGCAGUAAAACAAAAUUGCAAAUGGCCAAAAUUAAAAAGAAGCACUCGGCAAGUUUUCAGUCAUGUGACAGCUUGAAUAAUUUAGUGCAGUAACUGAUUAUUACAUCCUGUUGGAAGAUCCUGGUUUAUUCAGGUUUGCAAUGGGUGAAUACUUAGAUUAAUCAGUAGUUUAAUUCUUGAAAAAAAGGCAAGUCUGAGAGGUCAGUCAGUCCAUUAUGUGUGUGUUCUCCUGUAGAGUUUGCUGUUGUCAUGCACAGGUUAAAUGUCAUAUUUUUCUGCACAACACCCUUUGGAACAAGAACUUUCACCAUGACGUGAAAGGGGUGGGGAAACUUCAGUGUGGACCAAGUGAAUGGUGCACUUUACAAUGUGCGUGCUUAAUCUUCGCCAGGAUCGCUAAUUGUGGGGAGCAGAUAUGAUGGCAUAUUGCAUUCUUGCAAGGUUCUUUGAUUGUUAUAUGCUUUUCACCUUUGCGAUGCUGUAAUUUGUAAGUCCCAUUAAAACUCCUACUAUUUUCCUGCUG